AUGUCUGUGUGCAACAAUGGUGCCAGUAUACCUUCUCUUCAAGAGACUGCAAAUGGUUUCUCCCAGCCUAGUGCUUCUGGUACGUGGAAAAACCAAGAAGAGGAUGCAAGAACCACAGAACCCAUUGUCAUAAAGAAAGCCCACCGGGAGAUCUGACAUGAGCGGAAGAGGCGUGAACUCAAGUGCAUGGAGCUUCAGGAGAUGAUGGAGGAGCAAGGAUACUCUGAAGAGGAGAUUCGUCAGAAAGUGGGAACCUUUCGUCAGAUGCUCAUGGAGAAAGAAGGAGUAUUGACCAGAGAGGAUCAACAUGGGCGUCAGAUAAUAAUUGAAAACCAUUAUGUGGUUCCUGGAGAGGAGAGUGCUGCAGAGUAUUCAGUGUAUGGGGAAGGUCACCCUCUGGAAUAUGAUUGGUACCGUGAAGACGGCAGUCACAGGGAUUACAGGUCUAAACGAAAGCUUAGCAGCUCAGGCUCUCCGCCACCGAAGAAAAGGAAGAAGAAGAAAUCCGGUCACAAAAGAAGCCGGUGAGACAAUGACUUUUUUUCUAUUUACAGCUGUGAUAGUUCUUCCCCAGUACGCAAAGAAAAGAAAAAGAAGAGUGGCAAAAAGCACAAAAGGGACAGAUCAAAUUCUGGGACCAGGAAGAAAAGACAUCACAGAUCCAGGAGCCUAAAGAACAAAAGGAAAGACAAAAAUAAGGACAGAAAAAGGUCUCAUAGUGGGUCAACAACACGGAGAACCCAUAGACACAGCAGUUGUAGUUCCCAUAGUGCAUCACCUUCCUCUGAUUACAGCACCUCCAAGUCACCAAGCAGACAGAGUCCGAAACACAGGCAGGAUGACCGAAAACCUUCUAGUCACAGGUCAAGUCGCAGUCCGUCAUCUUCCUGCACCAGCCACAGCCGAUCUGCCACCCCACACCAGAAUGGGCACAAGAGUGGCAGUCACAAUGGGCAGCACAGUCAAGAACAUGGCACACUUCUAGAGAAACAUAUGGAUCGGUUCAGUUCGAUGUCUCCUUCUUCAAGGACACACUUAAAAGUUGAGACAUCUCCCAGCCGUAAUAAGAGCAACAAUCAACAUGAUAAUAGGAGUCCAAGAUCUGUUUCAUCAAGCAAAGGUGGCAGAUGCUCAUCAAAUGAUAAGCACAGACGUCGGUCGAGGUCUCUGUCAUCAGAUAGACAUCAUGGACGAUCUAGAGGGCGAAACAAAACUCAUAAGAAAUCGUCAGUGAACUCGGGAAGCCACACUGGAUACAGCAGUGAUUCUGAAGGAUCUAUGGUGUCACACGCAACAGGGACGGAAAAAAAACAUAUUUCAGCUAAAAUGACAAAAGAUAAGCAUCGCCGUGGUAGACAAGAAAACUGUUCUGAGUCUUCAGCAAAACAUCCUCGGCAGAACUCAGACAAUAAGAAGAGUCCAACACGAAGCACUGGUAAUAGAGGCAGCUCUUGGAGCUCAAGUCGUUCACCUUCUCGUUCAAGGUCACGAGAAAAGCGUUCAGCAAGAAGCCGGUCUAGAUCCAUCUCUCAAAAGAAGACAGCAAACAGGGAAAAAGAAAAUGAAAACCGAGCAAGACAUAAUGAUACAGAAGCAGCUCGACCUCGGCGUCGCUCUAGAAGCUUCUCCCCUAUUCGGAAGCGAAGGAGGGAUUCUCCCAGUUUUAUGGAACCUCGGAGAAUUACAAGUGCCCGUAAGCGGCCAAUUCCUUAUUACAGGCCUAGCCCUUCUUCCAGCUCCUUAAGCAGUUACUCACAUAGUCGGAGUCGAAGUCGAAGUUACGACAGCUACAGCAGCUACAGCCGAAGUCGCACUCGGAGCCGAUCCCCCAGCCAUAGCCGAAGUCCCAGCUAUAGAAGCAGUUCAGAAAGUGCUGGAUUUUAG